GUUAGCGCCAUUGCUGUUCAGAAGAAUAAGCCACCACUGUUUCUGCUGCCUUUUUUUCAAGGCGACAAAGUGCAUCCUGCCAUAAUCAUGGUGUUACCUAAGUCAGCAGUGCUCAGAGUAAGAGGCAGGCAUGAGGAGGACAAGGGUGCUGAACAGUCUUAUUAUAAUGAUGACAACAGAGAUGAUGCUUGCUUUAUAUAAAGCCAGGUGCACACAAGUAUGUGUGUGUGUGCACAUUUUUCCUGGCUUUGGGGAGGAUGGUGUAUAUUUUGGGGCAGCUCCACACAAAGAAAUCCAGCAUUUACGUUUUGCCCAUGUCAGUCUCUAUUUGCUUUCAGAUAUCCAGGAAUGAUUUUCAGAGUAUUUGAGAAAAUGAGAGGUGCAGAUGGUUUUCACUGAGGCAUGGUUUCAAAUUUAAAGAGGAUUAUGGCCCAGAAAUGGAUGCCGGACCAGAUCUCUGUCUCGGAGUUCAUCGCCGAGACCACCGAGGACUACAACUCGCCCACCACGUCCAGCUUCACCACGCGGCUGCACAACUGCAGGAACACCGUCACGCUGCUGGAGGAGGCUCUAGACCAAGAUAGAACAGCCCUUCAGAAAGUGAAGAAGUCUGUAAAAGCAAUAUAUAAUUCUGGUCAAGAUCAUGUACAAAAUGAAGAAAACUAUGCACAAGUUCUUGAUAAGUUUGGGAGUAAUUUUUUAAGUCGAGACAACCCCGACCUUGGCACCGCGUUUGUCAAGUUUUCUACUCUUACAAAGGAACUGUCCACACUGCUGAAAAAUCUGCUCCAGGGUCUGAGCCACAAUGUGAUCUUCACCUUGGAUUCUUUGUUAAAAGGAGACCUAAAGGGAGUCAAAGGAGAUCUCAAGAAGCCAUUUGACAAAGCCUGGAAAGAUUAUGAGACAAAGUUUACAAAAAUUGAGAAAGAGAAAAGAGAGCACGCAAAACAACAUGGAAUGAUCCGCACAGAGAUAACAGGAGCUGAGAUUGCGGAAGAAAUGGAGAAGGAAAGGCGCCUCUUUCAGCUCCAAAUGUGUGAAUAUCUCAUUAAAGUUAAUGAAAUCAAGACCAAAAAGGGUGUGGAUCUGCUGCAGAAUCUUAUAAAGUAUUACCAUGCACAGUGCAAUUUCUUUCAAGAUGGCUUGAAAACGGCUGAUAAGUUGAAACAGUACAUUGAAAAACUGGCUGCUGAUUUAUAUAAUAUAAAACAGACCCAGGAUGAAGAAAAGAAACAGCUAACUGCUCUCCGAGACUUAAUAAAAUCCUCUCUUCAACUUGAUCAGAAAGAAUCUAGGAGAGAUUCUCAGAGCCGGCAAGGAGGAUACAGCAUGCAUCAGCUCCAGGGCAAUAAGGAAUAUGGCAGUGAAAAGAAGGGGUACCUGCUAAAGAAAAGUGACGGGAUCCGGAAAGUAUGGCAGAGGAGGAAGUGUUCUGUCAAGAAUGGGAUUCUGACUAUCUCACAUGCCACAUCUAACAGGCAACCGGCUAAGUUGAACCUUCUCACCUGCCAAGUAAAACCUAAUGCCGAAGACAAAAAAUCUUUUGACCUGAUAUCACAUAAUAGAACAUAUCACUUUCAGGCGGAAGAUGAGCAGGAUUAUGUAGCAUGGAUAUCAGUAUUGACAAAUAGCAAAGAAGAGGCCCUAACCAUGGCCUUCCGUGGAGAGCAGAGUGCGGGAGAGAACAGCCUGGAAGACCUGACAAAAGCCAUUAUUGAGGAUGUCCAGCGGCUCCCAGGGAAUGACAUUUGCUGCGAUUGUGGCUCAUCAGAACCCACCUGGCUUUCAACUAACUUGGGUAUUUUGACCUGUAUAGAAUGUUCUGGCAUCCAUAGGGAAAUGGGGGUUCAUAUUUCUCGCAUUCAGUCUUUGGAACUAGACAAAUUAGGAACUUCUGAACUCUUGCUGGCCAAGAAUGUAGGAAACAAUAGUUUUAAUGAUAUUAUGGAAGCAAAUUUACCCAGCCCCUCACCAAAACCCACCCCUUCAAGUGAUAUGACUGUACGAAAAGAAUAUAUCACUGCAAAGUAUGUAGAUCAUAGGUUUUCAAGGAAGACCUGUUCAACUUCAUCAGCUAAACUAAAUGAAUUGCUUGAGGCCAUCAAAUCCAGGGAUUUACUUGCACUAAUUCAAGUCUAUGCAGAGGGGGUAGAGCUAAUGGAACCACUGCUGGAACCUGGGCAGGAGCUUGGGGAGACAGCCCUUCACCUUGCCGUCCGAACUGCAGACCAGACAUCUCUCCAUUUGGUUGACUUUCUUGUACAAAACUGUGGGAACCUGGAUAAGCAGACGGCCCUGGGAAAUACAGUUCUACACUACUGUAGUUUGUACAGUAAACCUGAGUGUUUGAAGCUUUUGCUCAGGAGCAAGCCCACUGUGGAUAUAGUUAACCAGGCUGGAGAAACUGCCCUAGACAUAGCAAAGAGACUAAAAGCUACCCAGUGUGAAGAUCUGCUUUGCCAGGCUAAAUCUGGAAAGUUCAAUCCACACGUCCACGUAGAAUAUGAGUGGAAUCUUCGACAGGAGGAGAUAGAUGAGAGCGAUGAUGAUCUGGAUGACAAACCAAGCCCUAUCAAGAAAGAACGCUCACCCAGACCUCAGAGCUUCUGCCACUCCUCCAGCAUCUCCCCCCAGGACAAGCUGGCACUGCCAGGAUUCAGCACUCCAAGGGACAAACAGCGGCUCUCCUACGGAGCCUUCACCAACCAGAUCUUCGUUUCCACAAGCACAGACUCGCCCACAUCACCAACCACAGAGGCUCCCCCUCUGCCUCCUAGAAACGCCGGGAAAGGUCCAACUGGCCCACCUUCAACACUCCCUCUAAGCACCCAGACCUCUAGUGGCAGCUCCACCCUAUCCAAGAAGAGGCCUCCUCCCCCACCACCCGGACACAAGAGAACCCUAUCCGACCCUCCCAGCCCACUACCUCAUGGGCCCCCAAACAAAGGCGCAGUUCCUUGGGGUAACGAUGGGGGUCCAUCCUCUUCAAGUAAGACCACAAACAAGUUUGAGGGACUAUCCCAGCAGUCAAGCACCAGUUCUGCAAAGACUGCCCUUGGCCCAAGAGUUCUUCCUAAACUACCUCAGAAAGUGGCACUAAGGAAAACAGAUCAUCUCUCCCUAGACAAAGCCAACAUCCCGCCCGAAGUCUUUCAGAAAUCAUCACAGUUGGCAGAGUUGCCACAAAAGCCACCACCUGGAGACCUGCCCCCGAAGCCCACAGAACUGGCCCCCAAGCCCCAAAUUGGAGAUUUGCCACCUAAGCCAGGAGAACUGCCCCCCAAACCACAGCUGGGGGACCUGCCACCCAAACCCCAGCUCUCAGACUUACCUCCCAAACCACAGAUGAAGGACCUGCCCCCCAAACCACAGCUGGGAGACCUGCUAGCAAAAUCCCAGACUGGAGAUGUCUCACCCAAGGCUCAGCAACCCUCUGAGAUCACACCGAAGUCACACCCAUUGGAUCUAUCCCCAAAUGUGCAGUCCAGAGACGCCAUCCAAAAGCAAGCAUCUGAAGACUCCAAUGACCUCACGCCUACUCUGCCAGAGACGCCCGUACCACUGCCCAGAAAAAUCAAUACGGGGAAAAAUAAAGUGAGGCGGGUGAAGACCAUUUAUGACUGCCAGGCAGACAACGAUGACGAGCUCACAUUCAUGGAGGGAGAAGUGAUUAUUGUCACAGGGGAAGAGGACCAGGAGUGGUGGAUUGGCCACAUCGAAGGACAGCCUGAAAGGAAGGGGGUCUUUCCAGUGUCCUUUGUUCAUAUCCUGUCUGACUAGCAAAACGCAGAACCUUAAGAUUGUCCACAUCCUUCAUGCAAGACUGCUGCCUCCAUGUAACCCUGGGCACAGUGUGUAUAUAGCUGCUGUUACAGAGUAAGAAACUCAUGGAAGGGCCACCUCAGGAGGGGGAUAUAAUGUGUGUUGUAAAUAUCCUGUGGUUUUCUGCCUUCGCCAGUAUGAGGGUAGCCUCGGACCCGGCGCGCCUUACUGGUUUGCCAAAGCCAUCCUUGGCAUCUAGCACUUACAUCUCUCUAUGCUGUUUUACAAGCAAACAAACAAAAAUAGGAGUAUAGGAACUGCUGGCUUUGCAAAUAGAAGUGGUCUCCAGCAACCGUUGAAAGGCAUAGAAUUGACUUUGUUCCUAACAAUGCAGUAUUCUCAAUUGCGUUACUGAAAAUGCAACAUUAGCAAAGAGGUGGGUUCUGUUUUCCAGGUGAAACUUUUAGCUCCAUGACAGACCAGCCUGUAGUUAUCUGUGUACACAGUUUACAGCUACAAAAACCUACUUUGGUAUUUAUUGCAGAAAAGUGCUCAGUUAAAUGUAAGUGUUAUUCCUUCAGCAAAAUAUUCACUGACCCAAAACUCUUUGUGGCAUUUUACAAUGCACACAGCCUCAUGCAAGUUUAGACAAGUGGAUUUAUACUGUCUUAUGAGUGCCCGCCCCUGAUAUAUUACCUCAUUAUGCAAAAAUAACAUAUCUUUCAUGACUAUUUUGACAAAAGUUUAAAACACAUAUGAAGUUCAACUUUCAGGAACCAAGGACUGCCAGAAAAUAUUAGCCUCUACAUUAUGCAUGCAUUUAGAAGCUUACCUGAAAUCUGCCUUUUAUAAAGGAAUAGUAUGGAUAAGUGGAAUUGUACAUUUUUUAAACUUGAUUGCCAUUAAAGCAGAAAUUAUAAGGUUGCAACAAUAUUUGUUUCUAAUCAUUGGCUUUCUCAAGAGUAUGGAUUGACAUAUUGUGUUAUGAAUGCACAUCCCUCAGAUGUGUUGAAGCAUCCAUUGCAUCCAUUUUUUAUUAUUUUCUUAGUUUUGUUCUUGGACAAAUUUAA